AUGAUAGGCUACAUGAGCAUCUCCUUUAGGAAAAAUAAAAACUACCAAGUCAAUGAUUUAAACAAAUAACAAGAAAAUGAUGGAUCUGAUGAAGAUGAUGAUGAUGAUGAAGAGUUCAAAGAAGGAUUAUAUCAAAGUGAUAUUAAAACUUAACCAAUCAAUCAAUCAUCAAGACAAAAAAUAACUAAACCUCUUAAUUCAAAUGUGUCCCUUGAAGAUGAGAUGAACAGAUCCCCACUUAAAACUAAUACAGAGCUCGUUUUAGCAGAUGAGUAAUAUAAUACAUUUAACAUGCAGAACUAAUCUCUUUUGUAAGAACAAUAGGAUAAUGAAGGGGAAAUUGAAUAAUAAGAAUAAUUCUAAACUGGUGAAUAAUAUUUUCAGAUGAGCUAGAAUGAAGGAAAUUUAGAUCUUGAUCAAGAAGAUGAAGAAGAUGAUGAUGAUGAAGAGGAUGAGGAUAUGAGGCUCUAAAAGGAGGAGUUUAACAAGUAAUACGAAGAUGAUAGAUUAGAACUGGAGAGACUUAUUAAUGAAAUAAAGAACAACUAAGAAGUAUAGCAAAAAUAGCAGCAAAUUCAGUUGCAGAAGUAGCAAUAAAGCAUUGAUAAAUUGUUGAUUUAGAAGGAUAUAGUAAUCAAAGCACAAAAGUAGCAAGUAGAAUAGCUAAAGAGUCAAGAAAGAGAUUAAAGAAAUCCUUCAGAUUAUAGAAAUAGCUAGCAAGAAAAUGUAUCAAAGCAGACUCCUUCAAAUCUAGACGAAAAGCUAAUCAGCCUUAUCACAGUAGAUCCUCCUUAGAAUGAAAUGAUGCAAUAGAUAUAAGACUAUGAUGAAGAAGAUGACGAAGUUCAAUAAGUGGGAAAUGAUCAUGAGGCACAGGGUGAAGAAGAAGAUGAUUAAGAAGAUGAAGAAUAAGAUGAGGAGGAUGAUGAUGACGAAGCGGAUCUCGAUAACUAAGCAGAAGAUGAAAGUUAACCCUUAGAUGAAAUAAAUGGGAUAAGAAUAUUGAACUCCACAUCAGGAGAUAUCACUCAUGAUAAUAGAACUAAGAUUAAUAAAGGUGGAGAAAAUAGUAAUUCUGCUGUUGAUGUGUAAACUAAUGAGGCAAUCUAGUAUCAUCAGAUUAUCAAAGAUCAAGAUUUGUACAGCUAAUAUAACUAAACUACUUAGAAGAUAGAAGGUAGCCAUGAUAAUAAUUAGAGGUUUCAACAAUAAGCUUCAGAAAUUUUAGAUUAAGAUUAUUUGGAAAAUCCUUCUAUUGCAAGAGAAGAGCUUAUUCCUAAUAGUAUUCUGAGCAUAAACCAAAAGCUGAACCAAUAAAAUAUAGACAAUAAUCUCAAAUAUAUGAAAUAGCUAAAGAAAAAACCUCAAAGCAAAAAGCAAAAGUUGAAUCAAAUUUACUAGAACAAUCAGUAAAUGCAAUUGUAAAAGGAAAUUAGGUCAUAGAUCUAAAAGGAAUCAGGUCAUCAUAGUAGACGCAGCAAAGCUUAUUAAUAAAUUUAUGAGGAUUCAGUACAGAAUAACAUUAAUAUAAAGAAUAACAGUGCUUUUACAACGCAUUAAGAUGCUGAAAGAAGCAGACCUCUAAGUAUUGGAGGAGGUGAAAAUACUCUAAGAUUAAAGAGAGAUAAAUAAGCUGCAGAUAAAGAACCAAAACAUGUACUAGGUAAAGUCAGUAAUGAAAACACAAUAGUUACUUAGACUUAAAAAAAGCCAGCUGUGGGGUAAAAUAUUUUAAUCAAAGUAAUGCUUAUUAGGUAAAAGUAAUUAGAAUCUACUCAAGAAAGAGGAAGCAAGGUUGUGCAACUAUUAGGUUAAAAAUAAAUUAAGAAAAAGAAAAUCAUAAAGCCCCUGAGUUAUCAAGAAAUAUAAUUUAAGGAUGGAUCUAUCUUCAAAGGGUAAACAAGAGGAAAGAAGAUAAAUGGGACUGGAGAAUUAUUUUUACCAGAUGGCUCUGUUUUUAAGGGAACCUUUAUAAAAGGCAAACCAAAUGGUUAUGGAGAAAAAGAGUGGCCUCCAACAGGGAAGAAGUAUAAAGGCUACUGGGUAAAAGGGAAGAUGCAUGGCAAAGGCCAGCUUAAACUCACAGAGGGUGAUAUCUAUAUUGGAGAAUUCAGGAAUGGCUUUCCAAAUGGAAGAGGCAUUAGAAAAUUUGCAAAUGGGGAUUUCUUUGAAGGUGAUUAUCAGAAUGGUUUCUAGGAGGGCUUUGUAAUUAAAUAAGAUUUGACUAAUUUAGGGAGUAUUUGGGAGUGGAUAAAUGGUAAGAUGACUGGCAAAGGCAAAUGUGAAUGGAAUGAUGGAACAAGAUAUGAAGGCUCCUGGAAAGAUUGCAUUAAGGAGGGGCAAGGAACUUUCUAUUAUCAAGAUGGCUCAUUUUAUAAUGGAGAUUUCAUGGACGAUAUGCCUCAUGGGUAUGGAAAGAGAAUUUUUAUUGAUGGAUCAAAUUAUGAAGGGCAACUACAAGCGGGAGUAUUCAACGGAUCGGGAAAAUUCAGAUGGUCUGAUGGUAGUGAGUACGAUGGAUAAUGGCGAAAUAAUGAGAUGAAAGGCGUUGGGACUAAGAGAUUACGAAAUGGGUAGAUUGAAAUACACGGGAUCUUUGAUAGAAAUCAAGUUAAUGGAAAAGGCUAUAAGAAGUGGCGAAGAACCUUUGCAGGUGGUAGCACUAGUUAUAUGGUUAAAGGAACAAGAUUGACUGAGUACUUUGUAUAUCGAGGAAAUUUAAAAGAUUCGAAAAUAGAGGGACAAGGUGAAUUUAAAUGGCCUGAUGGAAGACAUUACAUAGGUGAAUUCAGAAACUCAUGCAUGUAUGGGUAAGGUAAACUCCUCUGGAUAGAUAAGAAUCAGGGAAAAUCUGUAUACAAGGGAGAAUUUUAAGCCAACUUGUUUCACGGUUAUGGCAAACUACUUUGGUCUAAUGGAGAUAUUUAUGAGGGCUGUUUCGAAAAUGGAUAAUAUCAUGGUGAAGGAGAAUUCAGAUGGGCUAAUCCAAAGUUUAAGUACAAAGGUAGCUUUAGCAAAGGAAGGAUGCAUGGUCAAGGUGUAUUUUAAAAUCCUUAUGGACUAUUCGAAGGACAAUUUAAAGCUGGCUUUAUGGAAGGAAAAGGAGUGGCUACCUUCUAGAAUAGUGAUAAAUAUACAGGUGAUUUUAAGCAAUCUACGAUGACUGGAUAUGGAUGCUACUAAUUCAAUGAUGGUUCUUAAAUAAUAGGCCUGUUUGAUAAUGGUGUCUGUAAUGAUCAUGGUAAGAAGAUCUAUCCUAAUGGAAAGGUCUACAUAGGGGAGUUCUAAAACGACAUAGAAAAUGGAAAAGGAAUUUUGAUUGAUGGCGAUUUGAAAAUAAUGGGCAUCUGGAGAAAUGCUGUACUUGUUGAGGAGCUUGUUUAGCAGAAUAUUCAAUAUGAUCUAGAUAAGUAAAGCAAUAGUAUUAGCAACUAAAAGCGAGGUAAAUCUACUUAAAUUGCCUAAAGGAAUGGCUUGACUAAAUAAAACUUAAAGAAUACCAAUGACUCAGAAGAAGACUAUGGAAGCAAUUAUAAUAAAGCUUACCAUGAUCACAGUCAAUAUGCAAAUAAUAUUACUGAAAGAGAAAUAGAGAUAAGAAAUUCCAAUAAUAUCUUUGAUGUUAAUUAUGACAAUAUGGAUCUAAGAUAGAGCACUUAAAAAGACUAAGAUGUCAAAAGAAUUUGA